AUGAUUGGAUUUCUUCCCCUCUUUAAGGCGUUAACGAAGAGAAGCAAAAAACGUCGUAAAGUGAGUGCUGACAACGACCACGGUCUGUUUUUUUUUAUUUUGGAGGUUUACGCAAAAGUUUUACCUUUGAUCGAUUCCAAUUCAGCCGUUCAUAUCGAAAGAGCGAGUCGAGAAACGGAGAACACGAACACGAAGAAGAUGAACGGCGAUUCGGUGCCUGUCGAACCAGCGAAAACGGUGAAUCCAUCACCCGGAAAGCUUGAACCCGAGAUUAAGAUGAAUGUGGAAGAUAUUUCGAUGCUUCGGUCGGACUCAGUGAACUCCAUCAACACCACUUCAGGACGUUCAAGUCGGCUUGGACGGGUAUUCCAUGCGAAACACGCGAAAUCAGUCAAACAUCGUGGAAAUCAACCACGAGGAGAAGUGGAAAUGUCGAUUCGCUAUUCCGAUGCAUUAAGGAAGUUGGUUGUGCAGGUACUUGGCGCCCAGAACCUUCUACCAUGGGAAAAGGAUGGGCAAUGCAACCCAUAUGCGACGGCAAAAGUGAUAUCUAUCGAGAAUAACAAGGAAGUUUCGAAACGUAAGACCGCCGUCGUCAAGAAUACCUUGAACCCAAGGUUUGACAACCAUUUCGAAUUCGACAUGGAAGCCCAGGAUAUACAUAACUAUAAACUCCAAAUAACAGUCAAGGAUGAUACCAACUACGGGGCAUUUACUCCUAAACCGGUACUUGGCCAGAUCGAUAUCCGGUUAGCUACGCUGCCGUCCUGCCAACUCCUUCAGCAAUGGGUCCGACUCGAAGCGGAGCGAACCUGA